AUGGCUGAAACCCUUCUGAUGCCUGUAGCUGAACAAAUCCUUGGCAAGUUGGCCAGCUUUGCAUACGACCAGCUCCUGCUCCUGUGGACUCUCAAACCCGAGAUCCUGAAACUCAAGGACACGGUCACCUCCAUUCAGGCGGUGCUUCUCGACGCAGAGGAGAAGCAGUCCCACAACCAACAAGUCAGACUCUGGCUCAAGAGGCUCUCCGACGUCAUGUACGAUGCUGACGAUCUGCUUGAUGAUUUUGCCACUGAGGCUGCGCUCCGGCGGCAAGCAGUGACUCGUGGGAGGACGGGGAUGAUGAUCGCGACUUGUUGGAGUUCGGUAUUCUCUCUGCUCUCUUCCCUUCCUAAGCAAUUGGUCUAUGAUUAUAAGCUGGCUAGUGGCAUUAAGGAAAUUCGAGAGCAGCUUGAUGUUAUAUCGAAAGAGAAGGAGACUUUCAACUUGGAAGUUCGCACCGAGGAAGCUUUUUCUUCAAGGGAGACUGAUUCCUGCCCACCCACUGUCGUCAUUGGGAGGGAAGAGGACAAGAAGAACAUCAUUCUGCUGCUGCUGAAUUCCAAUUCUGAAGCCAACAUCUCAGCUGUCCCGAUUGUUGGGAUGGGUGGGCUGGGAAAGACCACUCUGGCUCAGCUUGUAUUUGAUGAUGAACAAGUUAACACCCACUUUGACAUCAGAGUUUGGGCGUAUGUGUCACAGAGCUUUGAUGUCAAAGUGAUUCUCGGAAAGAUGCUACGAUCAAUCGAUCGUCAGGUUCAGGUUGGUCCUGAGCUGGAUGAUUUGCAAGCUCAACUUCGAGAAAAAAUCAAAGGCAAGAGGUUUCUGUUCGUAUUGGACGAUGUUUGGGAGGAGACCAGCCGCAGUUGGGAGACAUUGGGAAAGUAUUUGACGGUUGGUGCCCUUGGAAGCAAAGUGCUGGUGACUACUCGAUCCACUAAAGUGGCAGAGGUUGGUGGUGAAGCUCUCAAGUCGGAAACAAGUACUAGCAUUGUCGAACCUUACCACUUGAAAGGCUUAUCAGAAGAAGAAUGUUGGAACUUGUUGGUGAAGAAGGCCCUCCCAAGGAGAGUCCCGCAAGACCCACAAGUGCAAGAAAUUGGUAAGCAAAUAUUGAGGAAAUGUGAUGGGGUUCCUCUCGCUGUGAGCACCAUAGCCGGAGUGUUAGUAAAUUCAAGUGAUCCAAGGCUCGAGUGGCCAUCUUUUCUGCUGAAGGGCCUUUCGAGCAUCGCGAAAGGAGAAGAAGAAGAUCCUACUAUGUCAGUUCUGAAACUCAGCUUCAACCAUCUCCCUUCUCAUAUGAAACAUUGCUUUGCUUACUGCAAGUUGUUUGGCAAGGGUUUGGAACUCCCUGUUCAAAUGCUGGUCCAAUUCUGGGUAGCGCAAGGGUACGUUGAGUCGGAAGAAAAAGGCAUCGGCUGCUUCAAAACGUUGUGGUGGAGGUCGUUUUUCCAAGAAGUGGAGAUAGAUGAGUCCGGCAGCCAGUUGACGCUGUGGCAGACAAGCGCACAGGCACUAGUGCGGACAAUGAAGAUGAAAGCAGCAACAGCAACAACAAUCACUCCGCUCUCUAAGCUGACAGCAUUGCUGCUCGUGGAUCUCGACGACUUGGAAUCUCUACCAGAAGGAGGCCUCAGCGGCCUCACCUCUCUUCAAGAGCUGGUGAUUCGGUUUUGUUCAAGAUUGACAUCUCUUCCUCCAGCAAUGCGCCAACUCGCCUCGUUGCGAUCACUAGACAUUUACCAGUGUGAACAGCUGACGGAAAGAUGCAAGGAGGAAGAUUGGCCCAACAUUUCUCACAUCCCCAAGAUAAAUCUGGACGAAGAGACACUCCAGGAUUCAGGGAAGCAGAGGAAGCCAAUGAUCCACCAGUACAUGAUGGAAGAAGAAUGA